AUGCAGUUGUUUGUAAGUAUGCAAUUGGGGAGAAGGUGUGUAUGGGAUCUGAGUCUGUACUCAUACGCUCCUUUUACCAUGGGAAUAUUCCUUCCAUUUAACAUUCCUCACGUGCCUCCUUGCCUUCUGCUCAUUUGACUGGCAUAGCACACCUUCCCAGGGGGUUACUUGCUUUCAGAACGCUGCCUGCUGGGUUCCUUUUGCCCAGCAGAUGCAGCUGCUUUAGUAACAGAGGAAUCUGCCUUUAGUCAAGUCAGAUCGUUUGUCUGCAGGCUGGCAGGCAAGGGCUCUCCAGGAUUUCAGACAGGAGUUGUUUCCCAGCACUUUCUGAGAGAUGCCAGGGAUUGGACUGGGGACCAUCUGCUUGCAAAACAUACACUCGAGUGUUACUUAGCUGUUGUUCUUCACCUAAAGAUAAAGUAAGAUUCUAGUCCUUGUGGUUCUCAGCAAAGGGCUGAACUUGGGGCUUCUGCAUGCCAAGCUGAUUCUCUGACACUGAAGCUAUGGCUGUUCCCCUGAAGAUGGGAAUUUUAGUCCAGCAACAUUUGGCCUUGAGGAACAUAGGAAGCUGCCUUAAACCAGUCCUUUGCUUGAGGAUUGCUUGAGGCAUACUGGGAAAUGCCAGCAAUUGAACCUGAGAACUUCUGCAUGCAAAUCUGACCCUCUGUUGCUGAGCUACAGCACCCGCCCCAUCCACGAUGGUUUCUUUUAGACCCAGUGUAACCUUAAGAUCAACCUCCUUGCUCCCCAAAACCUGUUGUGGGCACAUACCUAAUUCUGUUCCAUGUGUGGCCACUUGGCUGCUCACCUGCGUGGGGUGGGGAGGAAUUUAACCUGCAACCAGUUAAACCAAAGCUCUGUUUCUUUUAAGCUUCUUUGCAGUUAGAUCUCGCGCCAUGCAGGCCUAAGCCAAUUAUGGCAUCUAAAACAAGCCUCUUAAGAGCACAGUGAUCGCCAUCCACUUAGCUCAUGGAACGAAGGGCAGGUGGGAUUAUCGGCAGACCUGUGAAGUCUGAGUGGGACAGGUUUGGUGCAGAGCAGCUGAUGUAAGGCUGAGUUGAAUGCCCUGUUCAGAUACAGCCCUAAACCAUGGGUAGCUAACCUGUGGCCCUUUGGAAGCUCCCAGGUUCAUUGACCUUUGGGCCAUGCUGGGGCUAAUGGGAAUUGGAGUCCAGAGACGAUUACUGUGCUGUAGCAUGGUGGGUGCAAACCUUGUGGCGCUUGCCCCUCGUUCUUUAGUGCGACUGCAAGUAAAACGUUUGGAAAUAUUUGGCUGUAAGUUGCCUUGGACAAGAUAAAGAGGUUGACCAAUUAAUUAAUUAAAAUAAUAUCUCAUAGACACAUAGAAUUUCAGAGCUGGGAGGAACCGCAAGGGUCAUCUACUCCAACCCUCUGCAACGCAGGACUCUUUUGCCCAAGGUGCAGCUCGAACCCGUGGCCCUGAGAUUAAGAGUCUCAGGCUCUACCCAGUGAUCUAGUCAACUGCUUUUAUACUGAGCCCAUCUCCGCAUUAAGUCAAAACUCAUACUGCUGCUUGGUGGUUCUUAAGCCACAGUUUGAUCCUGGCUUGUUGGAACUAACCAUCGUUUAAACCAGGUGUGGGGAAUCAUAGGCCAAGGCACGAUAGGGCCUUCCAAACCUCUCUCCCUGGCCUCCUGGAUUCUCCCCAGGCCACACACCUCACUGCCCCAGCUUCAUGCCCUCCUUUUGCUUUUGCUUGGAUACGAGGUGUCCGCAAACACUGCCUCUUAUACUUGUCCGUAUGGGCAGAAGAGGGGAAUGUGGAGAAUCAUACCAUACAAAAGUAAACAUUUGCAUUCAUUGCUCUGCUCACUUUUUGCCUCUCCCCCCCCCCCCCCAUCACUGGCAAACUUGCCUCUGAAAGGUUCCCUAGAAAGAAAUAUAAAUCCUCCAUAUCUCUGUGGGAAACUACGACUUUCACAGUGGCAGACUUUGGGCUUUCAAAUUUCAGAAGUGCCCUGUGUGACCGUAAAAUUUGGACUCCCCCCCCCCUUGUGCUCCAUCUUUUACAACAUUGUUGCAGCGCUACCCUAAAACCACCUCUGACUUCCAUCAUCCCUGUCAAUUGACUGUGCUUGCUAAGGCUUAUGGGAGUUGUAGUCCAGCAACACUUGGAGGGCCACAGGUUCCCCAUCAUUGGUUUAAAACGAAGAGUUCCCUCCAUCCCUCCGAGUCUGGACACAACAGGGAACUUUGGUUAACCCAUGUGGGCAAAAGAUCCCUGCGUUGCAAGGGUUGGACUAGGUGCCCCUCGUGAUCCCUUCCAACUCUCCAAUUCGAUGAUGCUCUGAUUCUAAAAGUGGAAGUGAAACUCUCCAGUCCCCUUGCAGGCUUGCCAGUAACCUGAGAGGCAGAUAUGUGGGGCAACUCUGGUAUAUUUGUUUCCUCACUUGAUCUGCCCUUGGAAUGCUCUUCUUCCUGGCGAGUUGCCAGACCUCAAACUUGCUCCUCUUCUGAAAAUGGUGUGAGGUGGACUUUGUUCAAGUUGACUUCUUCAGGGUUGCCUGCAGCAUAGUCGUUUGCCAUCAAGCUGUUUGCUGUCAUUUCCACAAGAUGCACUUGGGCAAGUAUAUUUCAGCAUCCUGUAGAACAAUUAAUAGAACUAUUAAUGUGGCGCUGCUUUCCCAGGGUCCUUAGAGUGCCAAGGUCUCUACAGAGCAGGACCCCAGCUGUGCAGCAGAGUGCGACCUUUGCAUGUGCAGAGUCCCAGGCUCAGUCCCUGUUAGCAGGUUCAGUUGAAAGACCGUUCUCUGCCUAAUGCAAUGAUGGGGAACCUUUCACCUGGGGGCUAAAUGCCCCCCUCUCUCUGGCCCUUGGGAACGUCCCUGGGCUGCACUCCUCCUCAGCCAGGCCACAUCUCUCACCAGCCCCAUUUGUACUGCACUCGUUUAUGUCCUUCAACUCUGGCGGCUUCUCCUGCUUUCGUGGAAGGAGACUAGAGAGGGGAGUGUGUAGAAACUAGCCUAUGGUACAAACAUAAAAUUUAACAUUUGCCCAGAGUGGCUGGGGCAACCCAAUCAGGUGGACAGGGUACAAAUAAUGAAAUUAUUGUUGUUGUUGUUGCUGCACCCGCUUUUACCUUUGGGCUCACCUGCUACUGGCCUGUGGCCCUUGGAAAGUUGCCCAGAAGAGAAUGUGGCCCUCGGACUAUGAUGUGCAUCUGCCUUUCUGCCUGCCAAGAGGAAGCCCAGACUCUCCUCUCUCUUUUUCUUCAGUCUCGGCUGUUUUUAACUCUGGUCAUCCUGUGUGCCUGCUCCAUCCUGUACAUCUUGAUUUGCCCUUACUUCUGUGUGUCGUUGUGUUGGCUUGGCUGCCAUCACCCGGAAGAGCAAGAAGGAGUCCUGCCAGCUGGUCCUGGAGCUGCCCAGUUUGAGGGUUACAUCAGCGUCCCUGAUGGGAAGGUGAGUCAAUCCUCCCAGUUAUGAAAGUGACCUUUGUCAAAGCAUGACAUUGGUCAGUUGAGAGGCACCAAUUCAGGUUGCAUUUUGGGGUGUCAUUUUCAUCCUCCAUGAAGAAGAGAGAAAAGAAACCCUCCCCAUAAGCAAAGAGCGGGGGGAGGGGGUCUAUCUCCUCCCUGAUGUGCUUGUUUUCUACUUGCAGGGUGUUUUUUUAAAAAAAGCAAAACAUAGGGGGUGGGGAGCAUUCAGAAAUGUGACUUCCUCCUCCCCACACACCUGGAGUAGUGCAGACUGCUCCGCCUCCUCGUUGUGCUCUGUGUGGAGACCCAGACAAGUAUGUUCAGGGUUUAGAAAGGGAUGCAGAAAACUUCUGAAACGGUCAUUUGGAUCUGCAUUAUGAAGCACUCCUGUUCAGGGUUCCAGCCAGCCAUGCCCUUCUUUCAGACACUCCAUUCCUACUUGCUCCACAGCCAGCAGUCAGUCCUUUUCGGGGCCCAGAACUGUUUGGUAGGUUUCACGCCACCUUGCGUCUUUUUGAGACAGUUCUUUGUGGUUAUGGUUCUCUCCACCCCCAAAAGUUUGCUGAUACUUCCUCUUUGGGCCCGGAUAGUGCUGUUUUAGCUGCAUAAGCAAUGACAUUUAAUUCUGAACAUCAGAAAUAGAGGAAAUAAUACAAACACCUAGGCCAGGUGUAAAGGGCCUUGUAGGGAGCGGCCUCCAUGCCCCACAGCCAGGUGAUGUUCCUCCGGCCUCAUGAGGAGCCUCUUCAGUGGGGCUGGUGAGUCUGGGCUGUGGGGCAUGGAGGCCUCUCCCUACAAGGCCCUUUCCACCUGGCCUAGGGGGCUGGGCCCACACUCACCAGCCCCACUGAAGAGGCUCCUCAUGAGGCUGGAGGAACAUCGACCAGCUAUUGUUUUAUUGAUUUAAUAUGCUGUAAACCGCUUUGAGUUUUUUAUUAAAAAUAUAAAGCGGUAUAGAAAUUUAAAAACAAAACAAUCCUUUGCUUGCCCGAAGGGUUUUCGUAGUUCUCACCGGGAUGUCAGUAUAAACCUUGGAUGAAUAAAAACCAAAGGCCAUGGAGAGGCUGAGACAUGAGAGGUGGGUCCUGAAAUAUAUCUCUCUCAGAUGUCAAAUGCCAGAGUAAAGAUGCAUUAAUUUAAUUUUCACCAAAAAGAAAAUCAUGCUUCAAUAGCAUACAAAAUUGCUCUGUUUACUCCUCACAGUUCACCUUUCCUGUGGGCUAUUAGUUGCCUAAUUGGCAGGACCACUUCAAACUCCUUUUUCUCCUUCCUUUUCUUUUAAGCUGGCCUCAUAAUAUGCCACCAGUCAAUUGGAUAUUACCCAGUGAACAUGAUGACACCACAUUACCAGACAGCCAAUUAGAUCUGGCUGUGUGUUAGUGUCACGAAGCCAGUUCAGAGUGAGAGCAGGAAGUGUUACCCUCACUCUGGAUGGGGGAAUCCCCUCCCUUUUCUUGGUCCAGUUUUCAGACGCAUGUUGAAUUUCCAAAAGAGGGUGCUCUUUGUAGAGGCAAAACCCAAUUUUGUUUAAAACGCCUGUCUUCUCCUUUGGCUUGGUUCCUAUAUUUAAUGGGGGAAAGGAAGCGGUGCAGCAAGGGUAGCCUUAGCCACUGCCUCUGGUCUUCUCUAAGCUCCCUCCAGGCUCAAUUCUCUUCUACCUUUAGCCAUUGGCCCGAGUGCCAUGUCGCCAGUGUGCUGUGGUAUCGAGUUCUGGGCAGAUGCUGGGUUCGCGUUCUGGGAAGGAGAUUGACGAGAAGGAGUGUGUCCUGCGCAUGAACCAGGCCCCCACCCAGGGCUACGAGGAGGAUGUGGGUGGCAGGAGCACUAUCCGGGUCGUUUCUCAUACCAGCAUCCCCUUGCUCUUGCGGAACCAAAGCUAUUUCUUCAAGCAGUCCCGGGACACAAUCUAUGUUAUCUGGGGCCCCACCAGGCUGAUGAGCCGGGAGAAGGUGGGCUUGGUCUACCGCACCCUCCUAAAGGUGAAGGAGAUGUACCCGAGCCUGCACCUCUACACGCUGACUGACCAGAUGAUGGUGCACUGUGACGAGCUCUUCCUGCUGGAGACAGGGAAGAACAGGUGAGAGGUGGCUAGAGUGGGUUAUCACUAGGCAGGGACCAUAAUGGUGAAGCACAUCUGCCAAGGAUAUAAGAAGAGCCCGUUGGAUCCAGCCAAGGGGGCCUGCCCAGCUCUCAUGGACUGGUUGGACUCAGAGGAAUGGUGGGAGGAACUAGCUGGGGAACCACCACGGGAAGAAGGCUCAGAUUCUUUGCCCAGGGACUGGUAGUGGGAAGACAGGGAGUGGUCAGAGAAAGACUGGAGGAGGUGUCAGAAGCAGAAGAGGUAACAGGGUUUAGUGAGAAGGGAGAGUGUGCAGCAGAGAGCAGUGCAGAAUCAGAGGCAGAAGCUGAAGCAGGAGAGGAGAGAGGCCAAGAGGCAGAGAUGAGUCUGGCCAGUGAAGAGGCACAAGUGUCUCCCCCUCCAGUUGCAACAAGCUCUCCUCCACCCUGGUCUCCCAGAACCAGGAGAGGCAUGAAGAGGGCAGAGGAGAACUGGGCUUCUCACAGGUGCAGCCUCAAAUUGCUUAGGAAAAUCCGUGGAGAGGAGGGGACUUAGGCAGCUGUGGGGAGGCAAGGACCUUCAGUCUUGGCAACUGAUUUCCAUGGGGGCAAGACCUGCUGGAUAUGAGUAGCUGUGCUCAUGAGGCCUGACAGAUCCUGGUUUUGCUAAUAAAGAGUUAACUCCAAUGUGCUUGGUGUAGUUUACUGCUGGCUAGCUACAGUCACUAGCCCAGCAUCCUGAAUCACUGGUCAACCCAAUGUCCCAAUGGGAAGGCCACAAGCAGGACAUAAACACAACACCAACUCUCCCUGCUUGUAAUUCCUGCAAUUGGUGUUCAGGGUCACAUUCCCUCUGACAGUGGGGACAGAGCCUAGCCAUUGUGGCUAGUAGCUGUUGGUGGCCAUGUCCUCCAUGAAUUGGUCUAAUCUGCCCUAGCUUUCCGUGCAUCAAGGUUUGAGGUUUGAGCUUUGGUGGCCUAGGAGUCAUCCUCCAGCCCUUUAUGAUUCCGCGCUAGCCAAAAUGAUAUACAAAAUGUGCUGCAUUUUGGGUAGGGGGAAUGUUUUGCAAAAAAAAUGUGUAUUUCAGGCAGAAAUGCACACAGAAAUAUGCACUUUUGGAAAAAUCAACACUGAAAGCCCUAUGAAUUCUCAUGGUGACUUUUUAAAAAAGUCGGAAAAGUGAGAAACAGAGAGAAGCUGCAAUUCACAGAUUUGCCUGUCUCUAUGUUAGUGUUUGCGUUGUCUCUCCCAAAUCCACAGGAUGAAAUCUGGCUCCUUCCUGAGCACAGGCUGGUUCACAAUGGUUUUGGCGAUGGAGUUGUGUGAGCAGAUCUUUGUCUUUGGCAUGGUCAGCGAGAACUAUUGCAGGUAUGGCACAGGGAAAUGGGGUAUGAAACGAUGUGUAAGCAGAGAUACACACGCAUUAUUUAAGAAUAAUAAUAAACAUAAUAAUUGUAUCCUGCCCAUCUGACUGGGUUGCCACAGCCACUCUGGGCAGCUUCCAGCAUAUACAAAAACAACAAAACAUUAAGCAUUAAAAACUUCCCUAUACAGAGCUGCUUUCAGGUGUCUUCUAGCUCCUUGACAUCUGAUGGAGGGUACAUUCCACAGGGUGGGCACCACCACCGAGAAGCCCCUCUGCCUAGUUCCCUGUAACUUCACUUCUUGUAGUGAGGGAACCACCAGAAGCCUUUGGAGGUGGACCUCAAUGUCUGGCCUAGAGACACUCUUUCAGGUAUACAGGGCCGAGGCCAUUUAGGGCUUUAAAAGUCAGCACCAGCACUUUGCAUUGUUCUCAGAAAUUUAGUGGGAGCCAGUGAAGAUCAUUUAGGAUCCUUGUUUCAUGGUCCUGGACACUGUUCCCAGUCACCAGUCUAGCUGCCGCAUUCUGGAUUACAGUAGUUGUAGUUUCUGAAUGACCUUCAAAGGUAGUGCAUUUCAGUAGUCCAAGCGGGAGAUAACCAGAGCAUGCUCCACUCUGGCAAGACAGUCUACAAGCAGGAGGUGGUAGGCAGCUGCCCUGGACAUAAAAUUUACCUUUUGUCUCCAUGGGGAGUCCAUAUUGAAUCCCAGGCUGCGCACCUGGUCCUUUAGGAGCAGUCACCACAUUCAGGACCAGCAAAUCCCCCACACCUGCCAUCCCCCCACCCCCCAGAAACAAUACUUCUGUCUUGUCGGGAUUCAGCCUCAAUGUUUUGACUGCCAUCCACCCCACAACAGCCUCCAGACACCCACACAGGACAUUCACUCCUGCACUGGUUCCAAUUUAAACAAGAGGUAGAGCUGAGUAUCAUCUGCAAAUUGGUGAACCCCCUGAUGAUCUCUCCUGGCAGUUUCAUAUAGAUGUUAAAAUGCAUGGGGGAGAAGAUGGAACCCUGAGGCAUCGCAGAAGUGAGCACCAAAGGGUCUGAACACACAUCCCCAACACCACUUUCUGGACACUGCCCAGGAGGGAGGAGUGGAACCACUGCAUGAAAGUGCCCUCAGCUCCCAACCUGCCUAGAUGGUCCAGAAGGAUACCAUGGUCAGUGGUAUCAAAAGUCGCUGAGAGAUCCAGCAGGACCAGGAAACAGCUUUCACCUCUAUCCCAAGUCUACUGGCAGUGUUAGAAACUGGAAUAGGAAUUCUAGGAGCCAAGUGGUUCCUGGGACCUAAGUCGUGGGUACCAAAACAAAAUGUCUAGGUGAAAUAAAAUAAAAUAAAAUAAAAUAAAAUAACAAAAUAAAAUAAAAUAAAAUAAAAUAAAAUAAAGCUGCCAGAUGAAUCAGGUGGUCUGUGGGGUAGCGCAGCAGCAAAAGACGCGUCUUUCGCUACCCCACUACCCUGCAAAACAUCUGUUUCGCCCAACAGCGCAGCACCAAAAAAAAAAAAAAAGAUGUAUCCUGUUCUCACAGUUGCUUUUGAGAAGCCCCACAAGCAAGAACUGAGUGCAACAGCAGUUCUCCCUUCUUGCAGAUCCCAGUUUCUUGCUGCCUCUCACAGUUCAGGUAAAACACAGUCCUCUUGGCUGGUGGCUGUCAACUCAGCAUUGUUGACACUGACUGGCAGUGAGUUGUUCAGACGGGGGACAUUCCCACCCCUAUCUGGAGAUGCUAGGGCUUGAACCCAGGGCUUUUGGGUGAUUGGAUGACAGUAAGAGCUGUUCAGAAGGGGAAUGGACUCCCUCUGGAGCAGUACCGUAGCAUAGGACGCCGGCACCCAGGACAGGACAAGUGUUGAUCUCCUCUGGUGGAUUAAGCCGCUGAGGUGGGGGCGCACACCAGGGGUGUGCAUGCAGAGAGGAUGAACGGAGCUCACCUCCAACAGGCUCCUCAUCCACUGUUUCCAUCCACCUGCCCACUAGACCAGCCCACCUUCUGCUGCGCCUCAGUUUCCAGGGCUCUAUGCCUGUCAUGGGGUGCCUGAUUGCACCUCCUCAAAAAUGUGCGCCUGGGGCCACAACCCCUCUGCCCACCCCCCCAACCCCAGCACACUAUGCCUCUGCUCCAGAGGGUGUGGACUCUCCUUCCUUGAAGGUUUUUUUAGCAUUGGUUGAAUGGCCAUCUGCCAUGUAUGAGAUUCCUGCAUUGCAGGGGAAGGGACAUCUGAAUUGCUUGCAGAAUCAUAGAACUGCGGAGUUAGAAGGUACCCAAAGAAUCAUAGAUUCAUGGAAUUGUAGAGUUGCCAGUCACAGGGUCCAAGAUGCUUGGUAUUGGGGAAGGCGCUCUUUUAAGUACUUGAGUCCCAAGCUUUGAGUUUAGACCAGUAGCUCUCUGGCAACCAUCUUUCAGGACCAGGGGCAACCCAGCAGCUGCCACAUUCUGCAAUAGCUGCAGCCUUUUCCUCCAAGCGCAGCCCCACUUACAGUGCAUUGCAGUAAUGCAGAUGGGAGGAUGCAUGGGUUUAAAGUAGGAGGAGCCACAUGGUAGCCCAGCUCUUAACCUGUCAGACGGUGUGGUCCAGGCCGCUUUAAGCAUGCAGCAACCUGGUUUUCAUUUUCUGUGUUUUUGUCGUCCUUUGAUUGGCAGAGACAGAAGCCAGCCCACUGUGCCUUACCACUACUUUGAAAAGGGCAAACUAGAUGAAUGCAAGAUGUACCUGGCCCAUGAAAGAGCCCCCCAUGGUGGGCAUCGUUUCAUCACAGAGAAGGCCGUCUUUUCUCGCUGGGCAAAGAAAAGGAACAUUGUCUUCACUCACCCUUCGUGGCCAGAUGGCUAG